AGAUCAGAACAGUUUGUUAGAUUAUGCACAACAUUCAAAUGAACCUGUGUUCGAGCUAGACCAUUUGGCCACCUACACCGCCGCACACGAUCAGGAGUGAUCAGCGUUGAGGAUGGCCUUCAUCGGCUCCGUAAGAUGGAGAAUACCACCGGCAUUUGGACCAUGCGUUGUAUCCUCAUCGUGGAGAGACGAGCGCUUGUUGUUCUCGACAAGAGCACAGGGGAGGAGCUGGAGCGUUUCCCUAUGGACUGUAUUGUGGACCCAACCGCUGUGUUCAAGAACGACCGCCGAGAGGUGUACAAUAACCUGAUCCUGUUCACCGUGGUGGAGGAUCCCCGUAGGAAGAGCAGCCAGGGCGACCUGCACAUAUUCCAAAGUAUUAGAGUGCCUUCACAGGAUAUUGUAGAUGAAAUAUUAGCAGCCAGAGGAGGUGGAGCCAAGCUUGGUCAGAGGAUUCCCCCACCCCCUUCACAGCGACCUCCAGAACCCCCAGGAAUGUACGGCACGAGGACCACCGAGCAGUAUCCUGGUCCUGGUCACCGACGCGCUGGCAACCACAUUCCAUUCGUUCAGGAUGGUGGACAGAACGAAGUCCUAGAGAAAGAUGUGCAAUUGCUGAAUCACUGUUUUGAUGACAUCGAGCGGUUCGUGGCUCGACUACAGCAAGCGGCCGAAGCAUACAAGGAGUUAGAACGUAGGAAACGAGAGCGAGGCAACCGGGCACGCAAAAGACAGAGCGGAGAUGGUAUGUUGAGUCACAGAGCCAGACCGCCCCCUGCCAGUGAUUUUAUUGAUAUUUUCCAAAAGUUCAAGUUUUCAUUCAACCUCCUGGCCAAGUUAAAGGCACACAUCCAUGACCCGAAUGCCCCGGAAUUGGUUCACUUCCUGUUUACACCUUUAAGUCUGAUCUACGAAGCCAGUCGUGACCCUUUCCACGGCAACCGGGACCUGGCCGACCAGGCCAUAUCUCCAGUCCUCAACAAUGAAGCAAAACAACUGUUGCUCAACUGCCUGACGUCCAAGGAGAUUGAGCUGUGGCAGGCGCUGGGACCGAAAUGGACAGCUAGCAGAGAUGAGUGGAGAGGCUACACGCCCCCUUUUAACCCAGUGUUCUAUGAUGGCUGGCGACCAUCGUCGAGCGUGAUCGAGGAUUCUCCUCCCCUUCCUCCCCCUCAGGUACCAUUAGAGGCGGCGGUUCUUGCCCACCACAACCAAAUCAUGAACCACACGCAUGAGUCGGAUACUAGGCCAAUGCAGCCUUCCUACCCCCCAGAGGAUGAUUACCAGCGUAGAUUUGAACCACCACGCCCGUCGCCACGCCCACCGAGCCCGCGGCCGCCGAGUCCCCCAAGGCAUGCUAUUCAGAGUACUUCAGCUGUAUACCCAGAAUACGUAGAACAGCCCCAAGAGAGAAAUCGUCCCGAAAUGAGACGUCAGUCUCCUACGUCAACACGAGAUGAAGAGAACGCAGCCUACUUGGACGAACUGAGGAGGGGUGGUCAUCAAGUGUACGAAGCACUUCAUGAAAGAAAGGGCAAAAAUCAAAAAGAAAUCUCAGUGAACAAAGGAGACAUCUUGCAGGUGGUGGACAGCAGCAGGAAGUGGUGGAAAGUGCGCAACUACAAGGGGGAAAUGGGUUAUGCCCCUUACACUAUACUGUCAGAGAUCAAGGACUUGGGAUAUGGAACGGAAUUGGGACGCGAUCGAAAUAGUGGCAACUACAACAGCUUCCUUCCUAAAGACCAGCCGCCAGCGCCCCCUGUGCCACCUCCAGCCCCUGAUAUAAGCAGGAACAGACCACCCCACAGAGACGAUGACUAUUACUAUGAUGACGACCUGGACAACACCACCCCACCCCCCAUCAUCCACGACCGCCCCGCCCGCCAGCAAUCUUCACCCGUGGAGAGGUCAGCCUUCCAACCACCUAUGCCAAAUGGACGACCAAGGUCCAGAGAUAAGACCCACCAGGACAUCCUCCAAGAUGAGCUGAGGGAGAAGAUGAACUCUAAGGGCAUCCUGCAGCAGCAGCAGGUGCCCCCUCUCAAGCUCCGCCCACAAGGAGCCAACGUCUACAUCACCCGGAACUCCUCACCCCAUGAAGUCAAGGAAUGGCUGGAAGCUAAGGGAUUCUCAGACUUAUGUAUCAGGACCUUGCACGGAUACAGUGCGCAGGAGUUGUUCCAGCUGAAGAAGCGAGACUUUGAGAGAUUCCUCGGGCAUGAUGAGGCCGUGCGACUGGAUGGCCAGCUCACCAUACAGAAGAAAACGUCAGGGUUCGAGACACGGGGUGGAUCGGAGCUACGGGCCAUUCUACAACGGCAGAAGGAACGAGCAGCCACCAGCGCCAACGACGAAGCUGCCAUGGGCCAGCCUCCAGAUUCCGACCAAUCACACCCUCGGAUGACGAGGACUCUGACGAAGACUCGGACAAUGAUUCAUCCAAUGAUCCACACCUAGCAGAAACUGGCAAAACCCUCAGAGAUCUGCUGAUCAGACAACGCAA